AUGUCCUACCCGCAGGGCUACUUGUACCAGCCGUCCGCCUCGCUGGCGCUCUACUCGUGCCCGGCGUACAGCACCAGCGUCAUCUCGGGGCCCCGCACGGAUGAGCUCGGCCGCUCGUCGUCGGGCUCCGCGUUCUCGCCCUACGCCGGCUCCACCGCCUUCACGGCGCCCUCGCCGGGCUACAACUCGCACCUCCAGUACGGUGCCGACCCCGCGGCAGCUGCCGCCGCCGCCUUCUCUUCGUACGUGGGCUCUCCCUACGAUCACACCCCGGGCAUGGCAGGCUCCUUGGGGUACCACCCCUACGCGGCGCCCCUGGGCUCGUACCCGUACGGGGACCCCGCGUACCGGAAGAACGCCACGCGAGACGCCACCGCCACGCUCAAGGCCUGGCUGAACGAGCACCGCAAGAACCCCUACCCCACCAAGGGCGAGAAGAUCAUGCUGGCCAUCAUCACCAAGAUGACCCUCACCCAGGUGUCCACCUGGUUCGCCAACGCGCGCCGGCGCCUCAAGAAGGAGAACAAGAUGACGUGGACGCCGCGGAACCGCAGCGAGGACGAGGAGGAGGAGGAGAACAUCGACCUGGAGAAGAACGACGAAGAUGAGCCCCAGAAGCCCGAGGACAAGGGAGACUCCGAGGGCCCCGAAGCAGGAGGAGCGGAGCAGAAGGCGGCUUCGGGCUGCGAGCGGCUGCAGGGGCCGCCCACUCCCGCCGGCAAGGAGACGGAGGGCAGCCUCAGCGACUCGGAUUUUAAGGAGCCGCCAUCCGAGGGCCGUCUAGACGCUCUGCCUGCGCCCCCCCGCGCCGGCGGGCCCUCCCCGGCCGGGCCAGCGGCCGCGCGGCUGGCGGAGGACCCGGCCCCUCACUACCCCUCGGGCGCGCCGGCUCCGGGCCCGCACCCAGCCGCGGGAGAGCUGCCCCCCGGUCCCGGCGGGCCCUCGGUCAUACACUCGCCGCCGCCGCCGCCGCCGCCGCAGGCGGUGCUCGCCAAGCCCAAACUGUGGUCUCUGGCAGAGAUCGCCACAUCCUCGGACAAGGUCAAGGACGGGGGCGGCGGGAGCGAAGGCUCUCCAUGCCCACCGUGCCCCGGGCCGGUGGCGGGCCAAGCCUUAGGAGGCAGCCGCGCGUCGCCGGCCCCGGCGCCACCGCGCUCCCCCUCGGCGCAGUGUCCCUUUCCAGGCGGGACCGUGCUGUCCCGGCCUCUCUACUACACGGCGCCCUUCUAUCCCGGCUACACGAACUAUGGCUCCUUCGGACACCUUCACGGCCACCCAGGGCCAGGGCCAGGCCCCACAACCGGUCCGGGCUCGCAUUUCAAUGGAUUAAACCAGACCGUGUUGAACCGAGCGGACGCUUUGGCUAAAGACCCGAAAAUGUUGCGGAGCCAGUGCCAGCUAGAUCUGUGCAAAGACUCUCCCUAUGAAUUGAAGAAAGGUAUGUCCGACAUUUAACGCGGGCUGCGUCGGUCCCGGACUUUGCUAAUUUAUUAAAAAAAACAUGGCCUUGGCAGUUAUUUUUCCAUCACCAAGAGAGAGAAACAAA